AUGGUGCUGGAAGUAUGGACCAGGCUCAGUACACUCAACACCACUCUCCUGGAGGAACUUCCAGUGAUCCUCUUGUCGCCACCAGUGGGGCACUCUUGGUUACCUCCAGGGCAUGCAAGACUACGCCAGCUGCUGGUCGCCCAUAUGACUCUACGCCGCGCUGCUGAGUGUCUCCAGAACCACUUUGGGCUGCCAGUGGCUGCCUUCUUAACAUAUACGAUGUGUGCCGCCAUGUCCACUGCAUACCAAAUACUCCUAGAGAUGCUGGAAAGAUCGUGGCAUUCCCAACUGCGCAUCUGCACCUUAACUAGUUCGAUCGUGUACUUCGCCUAUACCUGGAUCAAGCUAUCCACAAUGGCGCUGGCGUGUUCGGCGAUGAAGGACACUGACGCAGCCACCGGCGUGAUCCUCCUUAAGGCGUCAGUGUCGCGUGGAAGGCGUUGCCCGGAUUUGGGAGACUUCCUGCGGUGGACCACAUACGGACCACCGCUCUGCUUCAGCGCCGCUGGAUUCUGUACUAUCGAUCGUUCCCUGCUGCUCAGUGCACUGGCUAUUAUUAUCACUUACCUUGUCAUCCUGGGCCAGCUUACCCCAGCUGAAUGA